AUGGUAUCCCAGACCAAAAACUUUGACACCAAGCUUGCUGAGGCUACAAAAGCGCUUGAGGGGAAGAAUGUUGACUUGCUCGAGAAGAACAAUGAGCUGACCAAGCAUAAGGACGAGUUGCUUGAGAAAAGUGGGGAGCUGUCCAAGCAGAAUGAGGCACUGCUCCAGGAAAAAUCCACUUUGACCGAGGAACUACUGGAGAGUUGGGACGCCCUGAAGAAAUCCAUUGAAGACAAAGAAAAAUUUAGGUUAAGCGCCAAACUCAACUAUCAACGAUCCAAACAACUCGAGCUCGAUUUGGCUGCGAGCAGGCAGAAGACGGAGGAGCUGGAAAAGCACGUGAAGGAGCUGGAGGAACUUGAAGCCAAAAACUUGGAUAAGUACAAGGAAGCCACCCAUCUUUGCUCCUACAAGUUUUGGAAACACAACCGGAAGGCCGACUUCAGCUACCUGUCAGAUCGCUUAAGGCAGACUCUAAUGUCCCAGUGUGCCAUUCGCCUGGAGGAAGAAGAGAGGGCUAAAGUUCCUGCAUCCCCAGAGAUCUCCCUGGCAACGAGGAUAGAUGGUGCAAGCUGGCGCAACUAUUGA